AUGUGGAAGAUCAGCGACUCAAAGAGAACAGCCAAGAGGGAGAAAAGAGGAAGCAGAAAGAGGAGAGAGGAGAGAGAAGCAGACGCCGAGGAAGGCGAUGGGCCUUUUAAACGACGUUCAGGCGAAGAGAAGGCAAAGGUCUCACAUGACGGAAGAGGCAGACGAGAGACGACGCAAGACACAAGCAGUUUAAAAGGGACGAAGGGACGCAAGAGACGAGGGAACGACAAGCCCUCUGACAUCAGGAUAGUUGUGGGAGCAAAGCCAGAAGAAGCAGAGAAGGAUGAGAUGAGAAGAAGGAAAAAGAGACGGCGGAGAUGGACUGAAGAUCAGAGGCUGGUUGGAUGGUACGGAGUACCAGUUAUCUCUAGCUAUGCGCUGUUCUUCUAUCCCUCUCUCUCUGCCUCUCUUCAAUCCUUCUAA